AUGAAGAUCAUAGGCAGUGCAGCCAAUCUUGCUAACCUCCUGCCUACCGGUACGGUCCUCGCAUUCGAGGCCCUUAUUCCUAGUUUCUCCAACAACGGUGAAUGCCAUCCGGCCAAUAAGGUUCUUUCGAUAUCCAUGAUUAUAAUCUGCGUCCUCAUCUGCUUGAUCUCCUCCUUUACUGAUAGUUUCAUAUAUAAUGGGAAGUUCUAUUAUGGCAUUAUCACUCGCGCAGGCAUGCACAUCUUAAAUCCUAGAGAAAACGUGAUAGCACCCUCAACGCAAGAUUAUAGGAUAAAGCCUAUAGACUUUUUUCACGCUUUUGUGUCACUAACUCUGUUCAUGAUUCUUGCUCUUACCAACCUCAACGUGGAAAACUGUUUCUUCCCCGACGCAUCAGAAGAUCUCAAUCAAAUCAUUAUCAAUUUACCUCUAGGAGCUGGGGUACUCGCAUCCUUUUUAUUCACGAUUUUCCCAACUACUCGAAGAGGGAUAGGAUAUAGUUGGGAACCAGAACUCAAACGCCACGGCACUUCGGAGACGGGCGUCCUGGCCGUAGGAGCUGAGGCGGAGGCCAAGGCCUCCACACAACAACUAUUUCAUAAUGCAUUCUGCUAUUAG